AUGAAGGUACCCGAGCUCAGUGAUGCCAGUCUCAAUGGCCUCCGUUCCUUUGACCAGCUGAGCUUGGUCAACGCAAUCGACUCUCUCCGCUCAUCCGGGAUAGACCAUUACGUUUCCCUUCCUCAGAUUAUCGUCUGCGGGGAUCAGUCCUCUGGCAAAAGUUCCGUUCUUGAAGCCAUUUCCGGGGUUCCUUUCCCGAUCAAAAGCACAAUCUGCACCCGAUUCCCCAUCGAGCUCGUUCUUCGAAAUGCCCCGGUCGAAGCCCUCGAAGUCCGCAUCAUCCCACACCAGUCGCGUUCGGAAUCCGACCAGCAAAACCUGCUUUCUUUCAAUAAAACGCUCGAGAGCUUCUCAGAUCUUCCCGAGCUCAUAAACUCAGCCAAGUCGGCCAUGACGGUUUUGACUCCGGGGAUGUCCUUCUCGCGAGAUAUCCUUCGCAUCGAAAUCCACGGUCCCGACGGCCCGCACUUGACAAUGGUCGACUUGCCAGGGCUGAUCCAUUCCGAGACCAAGGAUCAGUCCGUCGAUGAUGUGGCCCUCAUUCAAGAGGUGGUACAAGGUUACAUGAAGGAGGAGAGAACGAUCAUCCUUGCUGUCGUCUCUGCCAAGAACGACCACGCAAAUCAAAUCGUUCUCCGCCUCUGCCGAACCAUCGACCCCAGAGGCCGUCGCACUCUCGGCAUCGUUACAAAACCAGAUACUCUGCUUCAAGGAUCCCCCACUGAGCAAAAGUUCAUCUCGCUUGUGAAGAACGAUGACAUCAAGUUCAGUCUUGGCUGGCACGUGCUAAGAAAUCUCGACUCCGAAGAGGGCAGUUAUUUGCUCGAACACCGCAACACCAGGGAGGAGUAUUUCUUCUCGCGGGGCAAUUGGGCGGGUAUUCCUGCUUCGUCUCUGGGAAUCAAGAAUCUGAAGAGUAGGCUGAGCAAACUACUUGUUCAGCAGAUUGCGAUCGAGCUCCCUGCUCUGAUAACUGAGAUAGAGACCAAGUCAUCUUGGUGCAUCAGCCAACUCAAUCAGAUGGGCAAACCUAGAGAGAGUAUGGAGGAGAAGCGAGCUUACCUGGUUCAACUCAGCCAGAGCUUUCAAAGGCUGGUGACAGCUGCAACCGAAGGCACCUACAACGACAAAUUCUUUGCCGACGCCAGUACGAGCUUCGACAAGCGACUCCGUGCAGUCAUCCAGAAGCUAAGCAUCGCUUUUUCUGCAGAGAUGCGUAAGAAUGGACGUGGAUAUGUCGUCUCAUCUCAGGGUAAACCGGCCGGAUGUAAAGCCCGAGUCGUUACUCACGAUCAACUCUGCGAGGAAGUCAUGGAUCUGGUCGAGAAAACUCGGGGGCGUGAGCUCCCGGGUCUUCUAAACCCGAUGAUCAUCUCGGACCUCUUCCGCAAGCUUUCUUCUCCUUGGGAAGAUAUAGCCUCAUCAUAUGUUGAGAAAGUCUGGAAUGCUACGCAGACCUUUCUCAAUCACGCUCUCAAAGCUGUCACAGACAUUGGGACCGCGGAGUCCAUCAUGAAUAUCACCCUAAGGCCUAAGCUUGUCCGAAUCCGCGAAAACCUUCGUAGCAAACUCAAUGAGCUCCUGCAGCCACAUCAAGAAGGCCAUCCCAUCACAUAUCGCGAUAACUUUGAAGAAGGUUUCCUCGACGAUUUUUCUAACGAGAGAGCCAUUAGUGAAGCAAUUGAGGGAAAGCUGAGGGUGUAUCUCGAUGCAGAGCCUUCAUCACGUGAAGUCCACAUUUCAGGUUCCUUUGAUUUGCAAGGUUUACAUAAACAACUCUUGGAACUCCAUCGCCCAUACUUUAGAAAUGCCCAAUACAAUGCCAAAAGUGCAAUCAACUACGUUGAUAAAUACUAUGAGGUCGCUUUGGGGAGGUUGGUUGACGACAUUGCUGUUCAAGUCAUCGAGUCCAACCUGGUCUCUGCGCUUGAACAGAUUCUGGAUCCGUUGACUAUUGUGAAGAUGACGGAUUCUGAAAUCAAUCAAAUCGCGGAUGAGACCGAGGAAACCCGCGAAACUCGUCAGCUUCUGCAAAAACAACUGGAGACUCUGAAUAAAGGAACAGACAUCUUUCAAAGGCACCAGAAGUCGGGCAUCUUCACCUUGGCCCAGGAGCUCCAACAACAGAUGGACAAAGAGUCCUUUUGGGACUCUGAAAGUCGUGCGGCCGACAUAAAAGCUGACGACGACGCCGAAUUUGCAAGGGAGGUGCAAUCUAUCAUGGAUGAAGUCCUAGCGGAAGAUGAAGCGACAGUCCUACAGGAUGGCGAAACUCGCGCUGAAGUUGAAGUCUUAGACGCUGAGGAAGAAGCAAAGCUUGCAGAGCUUGCAAAACUUGAAAGGACACUGGCCAGACGCGGUAAGCUUAAGAGAUCUGAGCGUGAGCGAUAUGCUUUUCUCAAAAACAUGGAAACAGCGGCCUAG